UCCACGCCAAGCUGUCCUCUGUAACUCAGAGCAGGAACAGGGUCCAGCAGAGGCCUGUGCCUACCCUGCCUCAUUUGGCAUCUGCUGGGGCAAAACUGAAAAACCCAGCAGGCAAGGGCUUCUCAGGUGCCUCCCCAAUACACCCACCUCCGUCUCAUUUCCUGAGGGGGCUGGCUCCAGGGCCUGCCAUGGACUCAGCAGCCAAGGACGAAAUGCAGCCCGCACUUCUCCCUGGCUCUUCCUGCCCAGGGCCUGAGUGGCCGGAGCAGGAGAGGGCGGAACGGCUGGCCCGAGGUGCAGCACUCAAGUGGGCCUCAGGCAUCUUCUACCGGCCGGAGCAGCUGGCCAGGCUGAGCCAAUAUCGCAGCCGUGAGGUGCAGCGUACCUGCUCCCUGGAAGCACGCAUCAAGGUGGGCAUCAGGCAGGGAGCAAGAGUGCUGGGAGUGGGCUGCAGGACUGACCAGGACUCACUGGCUGCCUCUCUCUCACAGUCGGUGGUGCAGUCAUACCUGGAGGGCGUGAAGACUGGUAUGUGGCAGCUGGCUCGAGCCCUUGAGGCUGUGCACGGGGCCCGUGAGGCCCUGGGCCAGGCCCGCGGGUUGCUCCGGGGCAUGGCAGAGGCUGCGCAGACCCUAGAGCCCCUGAGGGAGCGGGUUGCCCAGCACAAGCAACUUCAGGCUCUGUCUCAGCUGCUGCCCCGGCUGCGGGCAGUGCCAGCUGCAGUGGCCCACACACAGACCCUGAUCGGCGCCCAGCAGCUCUUGGAGGCAUAUGUGAGCCUUCGGGAGCUGGAGCAGCUGCGAGAGGAGACUUGGGAAGCUUUGGGGGGCCUGGAGUUGCCAAUCUUUGAGAGGCUGGGCCCUCUAGCUGAGGCAUUGGGCCAGGCUGUGGAGGCAGCUGCAGGGGCUGCAGGGAAGCUGGCACGGGAGGACCCAGCCCUGCUAGUGGCUGCUGUUCGUGUGGCAGAGGUCGAUGCUGGGUGCACAACCUCCCUGGAACAGGCUCCCCGGGACUGGCGGCAGCGCUGUCUACGGGCACUACAGGAGGGCCUGGAGCAGAUCCACUUUGGGACUCCUCUGCUGCCUGGGCCAGGGGCCCUAGAAGGGUGGCUGGAGGCUCUGCGGGUGGCUCUACCAGCCGAGUUGGCCGCAGCUGAGGCACUAAUAGCACCCUGCUGCCCACCACACUACAAGGUGGUCCAGCUGUGGGCCCACACCCUGCACAGUGGCCUGCGCCACUGCCUGCAGCAACUCCUGGAAGAGCCUGAGCUUGGAGCUGCUGACGCCUUCACCUUGCUGCAUUGGGCACUGCAUGUGUACCUGGGGCCAGAAAUGAUGGGGAGCCUGGAGUUGGGGCCUGAGGCUGACGUGUCUCAGCUGGCGCCCCUGCUGACCCUGGAGAACAUAGAGCAUCUUGAGACAACAUUUGUGGCCAAAGUCCAGGCAAGUGUGGCCCAGUGGCUGCAGAAGGCACUGGAUGGGGAGGUAGCUGAGUGGAGCCGAGAGCAAGAGCCUGACACAGAUACAUCUGGCUUCUACCACUCACCAAUGCCGGCCAUUGUGCUGCAGAUCCUGGAAGAGAACAUUCGUGUGGCGAGCCGGGUCAGUGAAUCACUGCAGCAGCGGGUGCACGGCAUGGCAUUGUCAGAACUGGGCGCAUUCCUGAGGAGCUUCAGCGACGCUCUGAUCCGAUUCUCCCGAGACCACCUCAGGGGGGAAGCAAUGGCCCCUCACUACGUGCCCUAUCUACUGGCUUCCCUCAACCACCAAUCAGCACUCAGCUCCUCCGUGUCCGUCCUGCAGCCCGACGGGGUGGCUUCAGGGGCUAUGGCUCCAGUGGAGGCAGCGCUGGACGAGUUGCAGAGGAGGAUCUGCCGCCUCGUGUUGGAGGCUCUCCUGGUGGAGCUCCAGCCCCUGUUCGAGGCUCUGCCCUCGCGCCAGUGGCUGUCGAGCUCGGAGGUUCUGGACGAUGCGUGCGAGCGGACGGCGCGCUUCUGCCAGGACUUCUGGCGCGUGCGGAAUCCCGCGGUCCAGCUGCUACUGGCCGAGGCGGAGCGUACCGUAGUGCUGCAGUACUUACGCGCGCUGAUGCAGGGUCGCCUAGUGUGCCGCGGUGCCGACGAGCGGACCCAGGCGGCCGAGCGCCUGCGGCACGAUGCCGCCCAGCUUCGGGAGCUUUUCCUUGGUUUGGGCCUGGAGGAAAGUGUUCAGUGCGCGCCGGUGCUGCUCGCCCUGCGGGAGCUGCUAAACCUCCGCGACCCCACGCUGCUUGGCCUCGAGGUGGCGGGCCUGCGGCAACAAUUUCCCGACGUGAGCGAGGAUCACGUCUCUGCCCUCUUGGACCUGCGGGGAGACGUGUCCCGAGAGCAGCGCCUGGCCGCACUGAGCUCCCUGCAGGCUGGCCCACAGCCCUCGCCCGCCGUGGGACGCCGAGCACUCUUCAGCCUCGUGCCAGCACCUACGCCCGCGCCGUCUUCCUGCCUCCCCUCGGGGCCCUGUGCCUGACGCCCGGCUGUCCGCAGAAUAAAGUCUUGGCUCCUUUAAGCCUGAACUGUGCGUGUUGAGGAAGGAGAGAUGAAAUAAAAGUGCCCGUUAAGUGUA